AUGUCACACUUAACUUACACAUCCUACGAAGGCUACGGCGAAAGAGUGAAGAAGGAUUUGUGGUAUAGCCAGGCUGUUCGGGUAGGAAACAUCAUCGAAUGUGCGGGUCAAGGCGGCUGGGAUCGCGACACCGACAAGAUCGAUCCAAACAUUGUCGUCCAGAUUGAGAAGGCUUUCGAGAAUGUAGAUCGUACCUUGAAGCUCGCCGGAAGCCGUGGAUGGGAGGAUGUCUUUUUCUUGAGGUCUCACCACCUGCCCUGCAAUCAAGAAGCCAUGGAGACCAUGGUUCGCUGCUUGAAGCAAUACUGUCCAAACCACCAGCCGGCAUGGACUGCCCUCGGGGUCCCUAGAUUGGCUUUUGACGAUAUGAGAGUAGAGAUCGAAGUCCGAGCUCAUAUCAAGGACGCUUAAGGGUGCAAAUUCAAGGAGAUUUUCUCACCUUUGCGCCUCAUCCAGCUCUUGAACCAUUUGAAGUAUUGGGGAACAUGUAUACAGUAUUGGGGACAAUUUUGCCGGAGCUUACGGAG